CUGCCGAUAGGUCUAUUGGACAAAAUUCGGGAGGACCAAAUCUUACACUGGCACGCCAUGUUGCCUCGGGCAAGAGAACUUGCUCGUAAGUAUGGAGCACAACAGCUGAAUAAUUCAGCACUUUACUGGGCUGAUAAAGCCUUGUCUCUAUCUAACGGUGCUCUCGAAGAUCUUGUGGUCUAUAUUCAGUCCUUGUUCACUUGUAAGGAGUACAGAAGAGCCAUUCAUUGCUUGGAGUCCAGUACGACACGGACACUUCUUCAUCGAAGUAGCACAUUGAGAUACUUAGCUGCAAGAUGUUUUGCUGAAUGUGAAGAAUGGGAAGAAGUUAUAACCAUUUUAGCUACUCCAAAAACGGACACUUCACCACUUGGCCAAAAGAGAUUCUCUGAGGAGGAUGGUGUCAAGUCACAUGAAGUGCUGUCGCUUGGAGAUCUUGAAAGUGCAUCAUUGGUCCUACGCGGUGCUGCCCAUGAAGGGCUAGGUGACCUUCCUUCGGCAAUGGAAUGCUACAAAAAAGCUCUUGUUGUUGAUGUUUUUUGUGAAGAAGCUCUUGAUAAAUUAUGUCUGUAUCAUUUUCUUUCUGCUAAAGAUGAAAAGCAAUUGCUCUUAUCUAUGCCCUUCAAAAAGCAAUGUUCCCACCCUGAAGAAGCAGCUUUGAAAGCAUUGUAUCAACGAAAACUAAGCCAUACCCGUGCAAGUCAUCUAACUCAAGAUGUAGAGCUUCCUUCGUGUAUCGAAUCUCUUCAAACCAAUGCAGAUGUUUUGUCAGAUGUUGCUGACUAUUACUUAGAUGCUAUGAAUAUUGAUGCGUGUUAUACCCACACUUCCCGGAUUCUGAAACUCGACCCAUACCAUCGACAUGCUUUGCAUCUUCACAUAGUAUGUUGUGUUUGUAGAUCGUUUGUUUCUGAACUGUUCACUAUUGGACAUCAACUAGUCAAUACAUUUCCCAAGUCUGCACUUGCUUGGUAUGCAGUCAGCUGCUAUUACAUCGCGUUACAAAAGCAUCAAGUAGCAAGAAAGUACCUUAGUAAGUCUAUCAGCUUAGAUGCUAAUUUUGUUCCGGCCCACAUGGCUUUUGGCAUUUCACUUGCUUCUGAAGGUGAGAGAGAUCAGGCUAGAGCCGCUUUUGCCGCUGCAGCAAGGAUCAUGCAGGGAUCUCACCUUCCCCUUAUGUUCUUAGGCCGUGAGUAUUAUUUAACUUGCGCCAUGGCAACAAGUACAAAGUUUAUGAAAAAUGCUCUCUCCAUAUCUCCUCACAAUCCAAUUCUACUCCAAGAGGUUGGAGUGAUGCUUUUCAACAAUGGUGAGUACGACAAAUCCGAAAGUUACCUCCAACUAGCUGUAAAACACUUGCGUUCAAUCGAUCCAAAUGUCACAUUGUCUGAAUGGGAGCCAGUGUACAACAAUCUAGGCCAUGUAAUGCGCAAGCUUGGUAAGUAUGAAGAAUCUUUGCAAAUGCAUGAAUUUGCUUUGCAAUUGUGUCCUAACGAAUCUACCACUUUAAUAUCAAUUGCUUUAACGUGCCUUCUAAGUGGGAAUGUUGACAAAGUUAUCAAGUUUACAAAUCAGAGUCUGCGGUUAAAGAGAGAAGACCAGGUUGCUUUGGAGCUGCUUCAUACUGCAAUUGAAGAGUCUACAAUGGCCAUGAUUAGUGAAUCUACCCCACACGGUAUGGAGUGUAUGACAGGCAAGAUGCUGUUGAAGCAACAACUUACCCUUGGGGUUGACGGGCAACACUAAUAAUAUAAGUAUACACACUUUGUAUUAUGCAAGUAGUUAACUAUGUUGUUGAUUGUUAUUAUUGUGAUUUAACUGAUUAUAAGCAAUUAAUUUUA